GCUUCACCCCAAACAAUGCACACGUCGUGUCUGUGGGUCGCGUCGGUGCCUGCUGCUGCUGCCUUCGCCCUCACACUGCACUUAAAUAACCCCUCCCCAAACACAAGCAUGGUUUCCACACUCAAUCUUAGUCCACCACAUGAAACACCGUCUUCGUGUUCCUGCAUGCCCAUCAACUUGGCCCGAAUAAACACUGACAGACACACGCUAAACAAACAAAGUUCGCUGACACCAUCGACGCGCCACUGACGCGUCCGACUUUCACUGAUCUGCGCGCUCCCGAUCCCCACUCUGCCUCAGAUUGGGUACAGACAUGGUUAUGCAGCGUACCUGCAUCGUUCCCGUCGAGCCAGCUAGCGGGCAUGGUGUGCUCGUCCUGCUCGAGGUGCAACAUGACGACGCCCCUCCAUUGGAUAUCCGAAUCGUAGGUUGCCAUUGCGAAGACGACAGUCCAGAUGUGUACAAAACAACACUUCAGCACGACAAUCUCGCAAAACUAAAACACAAGUUCAAGGGCAGCAGCGAUGAAUGGAUAUCAAUUUUAUCCCAUUUCCUACUACAAAAAGAACUUGAACCAAACUCUGCAAUAUUAGUUGGCGUCCGCAUGGUCUACACUGCGAGGAAUGGCAACCUCGAGCUCUCUAUACGGCAAGAUGUCCAAGCCAUCAAGGUGACACUGGGUGAGAUCGUUCUCCCACGAGAUGACGACUUCGAGUUUGAUCCUUUCGAAUGGGCCAAAACAGCAACUCGAGCUCAUUACAACGCACUUCAAGAAAUAGCUGACAUGAAAGCACGCGCCAGCAGUGAGCAAGACACCAUCGCCAAGCUCAACGCCCAGCUGGAAGAUUUCCUCAAAACCAAGAAUGAGUCAGAAACAGCAAUGCUUCAACAGUUUAUGGAGUUGCUCAAUGAAAAGAAAAGAAAGAUCCGAGACCAGAGCCGCCUACUAGCUGGGGCCAAGGUCGACAAAGUCACAGCGUCCGCCGUUCAAUCGGCUAGAACAGCAACGAAGCCACCGAAGCGAAAGGCCGUUGCAUCACGUACAUCUAAGCGCAAAGCUCCCGCAAGGGCUCCAAAGCCGGAACCAGACUCCGACAGUGACCGUAUGGAGGUUGACGAGGCUAACGGCGAGGAGCAAGACGACGACGACGUUGCUAGGCCUGGGACUCCAGAUCGAAACUCUGACAAUGAAACGGACGCCGAAGAUGAGGUCGACCCAGUGCCGCAAGUUGAAGACAGGUCAUCUGAGCCUCUCGCGUCCAGUUCUGCACAGCCCUCCAAGGAAAAGGAGUCGUCAGGACCACCACCCCCACGCGCACUUCCCUUUAGUAAGAACAAGCUGCCGACGCGAGGUAAAGUUCCUGAGAAGACGCCAUCCUCGCCUGCGGGUGACGACGACGAAGAGACGGAUGACGAGGAGCUGUAGUUCCCGACAUGAUAUAGUUUGGUAGCCUGCUAGUUCAGUGGACGUAUGAUCAAGGCCACUUGAACAGUCUCUUGUUCACCCGUUGGUAGUGUGCAACAUUGGGAAAUGGAACCAUGUCAUGCGCAGACGACGUUGGUUCGACCCCAAACAUUAGUGUUGUAUCACGCGAGAAGUGACCUAGCCAUUGCAUAUAUUAGGUACAAGUCGGUGUUUUACAUCUGACAUGUCCACAGGGGUUUUGAAGUCGACUUCGAUAAGUGUCAGGAGCAGAGUGAUGGAGAGCGUGGCUCAUGGCGUUGCCAAUAUACGCGUGUUAUGUCUCCACUAAAAGUGCAGCCUCAACAGAUCAGCCGUUUUCCCGUACUCUCGUUGCUAUGGGCCGC